UGACCGAUAUGCAGUGGGAACUAUGUUGAAAGUUCCUGUUUCACAUCGAGAGGUUUAUGUUGCUGCACAGUCCUUCACUGUGGGAGACGAAGGUUACUGUGUAAACAGGUGCAGGAGACCUGCAAUGAAUUCAUCUUAAGAUUUCCAGUGCGGAGAGGCUAAAAAGCUGAGUUUCAGACAUGCUUACAAAACUUGCUGCUGUUGCCAGGUGCCCUCGCAAGUGGACCUUUCCUGACUGCAAGGCCAUCCUUUACAGGACUUUUUGUCAGCUGCGCCCAGUGCGGCUGUUAGGUGCUUCAAGGACUCACACAUGGACUACAGCACCGUCCUCCAGGGUAACCCAAAAACCUGUGUUUAGCAGAGCUCCAGCAUUUGGGGAAAGGCUUGCAAUCAUAGACAGCAGUGGAAGACACAGCUACAAGCAACUGUACUGCAGGAGCUUAGGUCUUGCUGGAAGAAUUAGCUCCGCUCUGAACAUUGCCUUUGCAGGUCUGAGAGGAGAACGGAUCUCCUUCAUGUGUGCAAAUGAUGCUUCCUACACUGUGGCUCAAUGGGCAACGUGGAUGAGUGGAGGAACAGCGGUGCCACUGUACAAGAAACACCCUGUGUCUGAACUUGAGUACAUAAUCUCAGAUUCUCAGAGUUCUCUGCUUGUGGCGGCACAUCCCUACGUUGAGACCCUUAAGCCUCUGGCACAAAAGCUUGGACUGCCCUGCCUGAUCCUACCCCCCACUUCUGACCUAGACACUCUGGAGAACACAGACACAAGUGAUAAGGAGACAACAAUAACAGACUGGGCCGACCGUCCUGCUAUGAUCAUCUACACUAGUGGGACUACAGGGCGCCCUAAAGGGGUUCUGCAUACACACAGCAGCAUCCAAGCCAUGGUCCAGGGUUUAGUUUCAGAGUGGGCGUGGUCUAACAAUGAUGUCAUUCUCCACACCCUGCCGCUCCACCACGUGCAUGGCAUCAUCAACAAGCUUCUGUGCCCACUCUGGGUGGGCGCCACCUGCAUCAUGCUGCCGGAAUUCCACCCCCAGAAGGUGUGGGAGAUGUUUUUGAGCUCCAACGCUCCGGUGGUUAACGUGUUCAUGGCUGUGCCAACUGUUUUCUCCAAACUGAUUCAGUAUUAUGAUAAGCACUUCACGCAGACACAUGUGAAGGACUUCAUCAAAGCAGUCUGCAAAGACAGAAUCAGGCUGAUGGUUUCUGGCUCAGCUGCUCUUCCUCUUCCCACCCUGCAGCGUUGGGAGGAGAUUACAGGACACACGCUGCUGGAACGCUACGGCAUGACAGAGAUCGGCAUGGCGCUGUCCAACCCUCUCAAGGGUCCCCGCACUCCAGGAGCUGUGGGAUUGCCUCUUCCAGGUGUGGAGGUUCGAAUUGUCAUGAGUAAUGCAACCCACACAACAAUUGUGGAGGGAACACACAAAGAGACCCAGGUACGCCCGGGCCUUGAGGGAAAAGAAGGGGAGCUCCUGGUUCGAGGUCCAUCUGUCUUUAAAGAAUAUUGGAACAAACCUCAGGAGACCGAGCAGGCAUUCCUUGAUGAUGGCUGGUUCAAAACUGGAGACACAGCAGUGUAUAAGGACGGCGUGUUUUGGAUCAUGGGACGCAGCAGCGUUGACAUCAUCAAGAGUGGCGGGUACAAGAUCAGCGCACUCGACGUAGAGCGCCACCUACUGGCCCAUCCAGACAUCUUAGAUGUGGCUGUGAUCGGCGCCCCUGAUGCCAUUUGGGGUCAGAAAGUGACUGCUGUGGUGCAGCUGAAAAGGGGGCGGAGUCUGACCCUUUCAGAGCUAAAGACCUGGGCGAGGGAGCACAUGGCGCCGUACACCGUACCCACGGGCUUGCUGCUGGUGGAGGAGGUACCCAGAAAUCAGAUGGGUAAGGUCAACAAGAAGGACCUCCUGCGACAAUUCUUCCCGUGACUGGACAGCUGGGAUAUGUGCGGCAGUGCGCUUUUUAUCCCAUCUUUGCACCUUAUAGCCAAUGCAAAUACUUGCACAUUAAGGACAUUAAACCAUGAAGAACAAAGAAAUUUAUCUGAUUUUUUUAUUUUAAGCAUUGUUUUGCUGAUUGCUUUGUAAAAAAAAACAUUUAUUCAUAAUUUUACCCUAAAAUGACAUUAAAACUUAAUAAAAAAGGGAUUUAUGUAAUUUUUUUUUAUUUUUUUUUUGCAUAACUGCUGUUAUAUGUGGUUCUGACCACUGAUUCACUUAAUGUCCCACUCCAGUCAUCUAUUGAUCUAUUGUAAAAACAAUCCCAGUGGUCUGUCAAUUAUGAUCAUGCCGUUUUUAAGACCAAAUAAAAAAAACUGUCAUUUUCAAGGACAUAGUUUCUGCAGUGUAGCAGUAGUACAUCAGACAUUUACCCCUGAGUUGUGGGCAGGAGUAAGCCCGCCCCGUCAUUCCUUGGCAAUAUUGGAGCUAUUCAGCUGUACAGCUUUGAGAUGCCAGCUCAGUUGAGGAAAAUGAAGACUUACAUGGAUCUAUUUGUCUGCAAGUGGAUGCAUCGGAAUAGACUGGAGCAGGGGGCAUCUACGUCACAUCUACAAGCUUUUUCAAAUUGUAUUUUUUCUCCCGAUUCACAACGAUUUGAAUAAAGAAAUACUCAGAAAUGCAAUUUUGAGCUUACGUUUCUUUAUAAAUGACCUCCAUCCUGAAGAAAUGCCACAAGAACAGGCUAAAAACACCUUUUUCAUUGGAGUGAAUCUUUAAGAUCCCUGUGUAAAAAACCAAUAAAACCUAAGUAA